AUGGUAUUGGCCCAUAAAGUAGUGUGAGUGACUAGGGCACAGCGUAAACAAGCUUUGGUUUCAUUCAUUCGAUUCCAAUUCGAAGGAAGCAAAGCAGUAACAAGUUGUAAGCAACGAAACGGUGGUAGUUUGGUUUGUAGAGAAGAGACACACAACGCAACCCAAUUACAAUUUCAAACAACAACAGAAUCAAUCAUUCAAUCAAUAUAUAAAAGUCACCAACGAAGGAAUAAUCGAUUAAUCAAUAAUCCUCUUUCAUUUCAAUUAACUGUACUUUGCUUUGUCGCAUUUAAUUUCCCUUAUCUCGUUAGGGAUUUCAAUUUCCCUAUGGAUGCCGAAGAAGACGAAGCUUCACGUAACCAAUUUCCACCAACUCUCCAACAAUCCGCCGAUUCUCCUCCGCCGCCGGACCUCCCAAUCAAUGCCGACAUCCACACCGCCGGAGAGUUUGAGGCCGUGAUUACAGGUGAGACGAGUGAUGCCACAGUAAACACGGAGGUUGUUGUUGAUGACGUGGCACCGGCUGAGGGCGGUGAAAUGCAGGCGAUGGAUGGUAUUGAAGAUGAAAUUGUUGUGGAGGAGGAGAAGAAGGAGGAGGAGGAUGAAGGAACUGACAACGUUGAUUUGGAACCUGAGAAUGUGGAAGAGGCAGAAGCCAAUUUGAUAAUCGAAGAAGAGGAGGUUCAAAUUAGGGAUGAUGAAAACACAGAUGAAGCUCCUCUGGUGGGAGAUGACGAAGACGAAAACAACGAUGAAAAGGAAGAAGAUGAGAAGGAAGAAGGAGAUGAAAUAGAAGAAGACGAGAAGGUAGAAGAAGGAGAAGAAAACGAAGAAGGCCAAAAGGAAGAAGUAGAUGAAAUAGAAGAAGACGGGAAGGAAGAAGAAGAAGAAGGAGAAGAAAUAGAAGAAGAUGGAGAACAAGAGCAAGAGCAGGAAGAAGAAGAAGAAGAGGAAGAAGAAGAAGCUGAAGUGGAUGGUGAUGGUGGUUUAACAGAAGAUAAAGAGGCUGCUGAGGAGAUGGAGGUGACGGAGGAGGAGCAGAGUGUGAGUGGUGGGAAAAGGAAGCGUGGGAAUGGGAAGAAUUCGAAGUCUACUGGAAGAGUUCCUUCGAAGAAAAAGACGGAAGAGGACGUAUGUUUCAUUUGCUUUGAUGGUGGUGACCUUGUGCUCUGUGACCGCAGGGGUUGCCCCAAGGCUUACCACCCUUCCUGCAUUAAUCGUGACGAGGCCUUCUUCCAAUCCAAAGGAAAGUGGAAUUGUGGUUGGCAUCUUUGCAGCAACUGUGAGAAGAAUGCAUACUACUUGUGCUAUACAUGUACAUUCUCUUUGUGCAAGAGUUGUAUCAAAGAUGCCGUUAUGCUAUGUGUUAGGGGAAACAAAGGCUUUUGCGAGACAUGCAUGAGAACUGUAAUGUUGAUUGAACAGAAUGAGGAGGGAAACAACAUGGCACAAGUUGAUUUUGAUGACAAAAAUAGCUGGGAGUAUCUCUUCAAGGAUUACUAUGUAGAUUUAAAAGGAAAGCUAUCUCUAACAUCUGAUGAACUUGCUCAAGCUAAAAACCCUUGGAAGGGAUCUGGUAAGCUUCCUUCCAAAGAGGAAUCGCCGGAUGAACUUUUUGAUGCCACAAAUGAUAGAGGAUCAGAUUCAGAUAGCUCUUAUGAGAAUGCAGAUUUGAGUCGAUCUAAAAAAAGAAAGCCCAAGAAACGGGCAAAGUCUCGUUCCAAAGAAAGGAAAUCACAUAGUGCAGCGACAGCGCAUGGUGCUGAUGGGCCAUCUACAGAUGAAAGCUCUGAGUGGGCUUCAAAGGAGCUUUUGGAGUUUGUUAUGCAUAUGAGAAAUGGAGAUAAAUCUAUGUUGCCACAGUUUGAUGUGCAUGCUCUUCUGCUAGAAUAUAUUAGAAUAAAUAAGCUUCGAGAUCCUCGCCGAAAAAGUCAAAUUGUUUGUGAUGCGAGGCUUCAAAAUUUGUUUGGUAAGCCAAGAGUUGGGCAUUUCGAAAUGUUAAAACUUCUUGAAUCCCAUUUCCUUAUAAAAGAGGAUUCACAGGCUGAAGAUCUCCAGGGGAGUGUUGUUGAUACGGAAGUUAGUAAUUUGGAGGGUGAUGGCAAUGAUGAUACAUAUACUAAAGCUGGGAAAGAUAAGAAACGUAAAAGUCGUAGAAAGGGUGAUGGGAGAGGACUUCAAUCUAAUGUUGAUGAUUAUGCAGCCAUUGAUAAUCAUAAUAUUAAUUUAAUUUAUCUAAGACGCAAUUUAGUGGAAGAACUACUUGAAGAUACAGAUAAGUUUCAUGAUAAUGUUGUUGGUUCUUUUGUGAGAAUAAGAAUUUCUGGUAGUGGUCAGAAGCAAGACUUAUAUAGGCUGGUUCAGGUUGUAGGUACAUGCAAAACAGCAGAGCCAUAUAAAGUUGGUAAAAAGAUGACAGAUAUCUUGUUAGAAAUCUUAAAUUUAAACAAGACAGAGAUUGUAUCGAUGGAUAUCAUCUCAAAUCAGGAGUUCUCAGAGGAUGAAUGCAAGCGCCUCCGCCAAAGCAUAAAAUGCGGCCUCAUUAAUCGAAUGACUGUGGGUGACAUUCAGGACAAAGCAUUGACACUUCAGGCAGUUAGAGUAAAAGAUUGGCUAGAAGCAGAGAUGGUACGGCUAAAUCACCUUCGUGAUAGAGCCAGUGAGAAAGGACGCAGAAAAGAGCUCAGAGAAUGUGUAGAGAAAUUGCAGCUUUUGAGUACUCCUGAAGAACGGCAACGUAGAUUGGCGGAAAUUCCAGAAAUACAUGUGGAUCCAAAGAUGGAUCCAAGUUAUGAGUCUGACGAAGGAGAUGAAAUGGAGGAUAAAAGACAAGAAAACUUCAUGAGACCUAGAGGGUCGACUGCAUUUGGAAGGAAGGGGAGAGAAACUGCUUCGCCGAGAAGCGGUUCCAUAUCAAGUGAUUCUUGGAGUGGAACAAGGAAUUAUUCUCAUGUGAAUCAGGAACUCAGCAGAAAUUUAUCUAAUAAGGGAUUUUCAGUCAAAGGCGAUGGUGUUUCUAAUGCUAGUGAGGUUUUUAAUGAUGCUAAAUUGCACCAGGGAAGAGAUAGGGAAUCGCAACUAUCUAAUAGUUGGGAGAGGCAAAAGCUACCGUCUUCAAGCUUGGAUGGUGGUGCUAAAAAUAUCAAGCCAUUGGUAAAAUCUGAGUCUUAUUCUACUACUGUCUCAGAAGCUGCCACAGCACCAUCUUCUGCCGGAAUAGUUGCCCCAGCUGUGAAAAUUAAUGAAACUGAAAAGAUGUGGCAUUAUCAGGAUCCAUCUGGAAAAGUUCAAGGACCAUUUUCCAUAACACAACUUCGCAAAUGGAAUAAUACCGGAUACUUCCCUGCUGAUUUGAAGAUUUGGAAAACCACCGAGAGACAAGAUGAAUCUAUACUCUUAACAGAUGUCUUAGCAGGAAAGUUUUCAAAGGAACCAUCCAUGGUAGAUAAAACUCCUCCUAAGACUCAAAAUCAUUCAUCCUCAUUCUCUAGGAUGUCUCCUUUGGCAGCUCAAGGUUUAGCAAGUAAAACACCUCCAUUGGCAGUUGAGGUCCCUAAGAAUCCUGGAAAUGGUUGGGGUUCUGAUGCUGGUGUCAGAAAUGAAUCGACAAAUCUUCCUUCGCCUACUCCCCAAACUUCUUCAGGUGGGUCUAAGGUUCAUGACUUUGAAAAUUGGUCACCAACACCUGUCCAAAUGGCUGGGUCUGUCAUGGGAAAUUCAUUCACAAACGGUCUUGGAAGUUUGCAGACCUCCGUGGCAGUAAACUCACAACCUGGUAUGACUACAAAUACCACUCAAGUACAUCUUCAUGCAACAGAAAUGGCACAGGCUCUGGCUGCAGGUGUUGACAUUAAAACAACAGCUGCAACUAUGCAAAACCAGGCUGGGAGUAGCCAUAAUUCUCAUGCUGAAAUACAAGGGUGGGGGCAGUCUGUGGUUCCAAAGCCAGAAUCACAGGCCUGGGGAGGUACUCCAUCUCAAAGGGUAGAACCAACUAAUUCUACUACCAUACCUGCUCAGCAAGCUUCCCAUGGUAUAUGGGGUGAUGCUUCAUCUGUUCAGAACUCUGUGUCACUUAACAAUGGAAAUCCAACUGGGAGUUUACCCACACAUGGUUUUCCAGGCAUGACUGCACCCGAGCCUUGGAGACCACAAGUUUCACUUAAUCAAGCAAACACCAUGGCCCCACCACCACCCAACAUACCCUGGGGCGGAAACAUGCCAGGAAAUCAGAAUAUUAGCUGGAGUGGGGCAAUACCUGCCAAUAUGAAUGUCAAUUGGAUGCCUGGACAAGUGCCAGCACCGGGAAAUACAACUCCAGGAUGGGCAGCUCCUACCCAGGGGCUACCUCCAGUAAAUGCAAAUGCAGGUAGCUGGGGAGCACCUGGUCAAGGUCAUCAGCAGGUAAAUGCAAAUGCAGGUUGGGUAGUGCCUGGUCAAGGGCCAGCACCUGGAAGUGCCAAUCCUGCUUGGGCUGCAUCAGCUGGAAACCCAGGCAUGUGGAGAAACGAGCAAAGUCAUAACGGAGACAGAUUUCCCAACCAAGGUGAACGUGGUAUGCGCGGUGGAGAUUCUGGUCGUGGAGGUAAAUCUUGGAACAGGCAGUCAUCAUUUAGAAGCGGAGGCAGAGGGGGUUCUUCUAGACCUCCCGGUGGGGGAAGAGGAAUCUGCAGGUAUCAUGAGAGUGGAAAUUGCAGGAAGGGUGCUUCAUGUGAUUAUCAACACAAUUAAGAGUUGUAGGGCUAAUUAUUUGCAGGGAAACAUCUCUUACUGUACAGUAUUUUCCUCAUUACAUGGCUUAACAUUGUGUAAGGAUACGUCAUGUAUGUAGAACUUGUGUAUUGUAGCAUCUCAUUUAUUUUCUAGUUUUUUUUUGGCCUUGUAUUCAUGAGUCCAUUCUCAGUUGGAGUUGACUCAUGGAUGAUUGACUAGCUACAGUAGUUGAGGUUUAUUUAAAUUAAAUAAUAAUGACGAAAAAGAGACGAGGUUAUAGGUUUUUAUUUUUCAAUGUUUCAUCUUUGAUGCUGUGCAAGGA